CUCCCCAAAGAUACUGUGGUCAGGUACCGUCUUGGGAGUGAAAGCAGAAAGAUGGAAACAGUUUUCAGGAUAGCCCUACCCACAAAAACUUGUUGCUCUCCAAAUCUUUGAUAAGCAUAGAACACACUUAUCAUUCCACUUCACUUGAGAAGAUUCCGAGUGAAACGUUUGCUUUCAACAGUGUUUACAAUUUUAUGCAUGCAGGAUCCUCAAAAGUAAAUUCCCCAGCUGUUUAUGCUUCACCACCACUGGAUCUAGCUGAAGUCACACCAAGGUAAACACUGCACUGUUGGCCCAGGCACACAGGGAACCUAGACUUGGGUCUAAGAUGAGCUUGAGCUUGGAAAUAGUAGGAUUUGAGGGGAGGCUGGAAGUCACAUGAAAAUUUGGGUCAGUGGAAUAAAGGAGAACAUGUGAAAGCAGAACAAUGUAAUCAAAGACACAAAAAUAGACCUUUCUAGUAUCAAAAGGGGUGAAAAAGGCCAAAAGAUAGAGUAAGACAAAUGAGGAAGAAGUCUAAAUGUCAAGGCAGGAAAAGUGGUCUUUGUUUCUAGAUGCUGGGAUGAGAAUUAGGAAAAAACUACAGAAUCUAUUUCCUGGCUCUCCUACUUGUUCUCAAUAGGGCUCAGUAUCAUAUUCCUCAGGGGUAACAUGGGAUAAAUUUCUAUGCCUAAAAUACCCCAUAAAAUGGCUGUGAGAACGAAUAGGAUUUUUUGUAUAUACUCUGUCUACAAAAAAAAAAAAAUACUAUUAAAGUUUAUUGUGCUGUUUAGGAAGUAAGAAGUCUUGGAUUAUUUUGAACAAGAAGAAUGAAGAAAGGAGAAAAGGCUUAAAACAUUCGCUGUAGAUAUGUCAUAAUAUGGCUUUUGAAACAAGAUGGUAAGGAUUUCUGAACUUUGGAGCAUGCAGUGAAAACUGAAUAACAAUUAAUGUGUAAGCCAGGCAGCAAUACUAUUUAUCCAGCAAAUCCCUGUGAAACAAGAAUGGAAUUCUCUAAACUACGUGAAUACUAGACAAGAAAGGAUAAAAACUCUUCCUGAGAUACAAUGAGGGCAGCCUUGAGAUACUGAGCACAAGGUCAAGCAAAGCAGAGAGGGAGGGAUGUAUAAGAAGACAUGAUGAUGCCCUAAAAACUGGGAACAAUCAUAGAUGAUAUCACCCCCUUUCUAUUUUAUUCCAGGGAAAUCCCCUCCACAAAUGGCCUGGAGGAACCACAACAUCAUCACCGAGUUCAUUCUCAUGGGGCUGUCCGACGACCCCCACAUCCAGGCUCUGCUCUUCGUGCUCUUCCUGGGGAUUUACCUCCUGACCGUGAUGGGGAAUCUGAUGCUGCUGCUGGUGAUCAGGACCGAUUCCCGCCUCCACACGCCCAUGUACUUCUUCCUGAGUAACCUGUCCUUCCUGGACCUCUGCUUCUCUUCUGUCACUGUGCCCAAGCUACUGAAGGACCUUCUGUCUGAGAAGAAAACCAUCUCAGUGGAGGGCUGCCUGGCUCAGGUGUUCUUCGUGUUUAUCACCGCAGGGACUGAAGCCUUUCUGCUCUCGGUGAUGGCCUAUGACCGCUAUGCCGCCAUCUGCCACCCUCUGCUCUACGGCCAAGUGAUGAGCAGCCAGCUCUGUGUGGGGUUGGUGCUGGCCUCAUGGGGCCUGGCCUCUCUCAAUGCAUUUGUCAUUGUGCUUUUGGCUAUUAACCUGGACUUCUGUGAGGCCCAAACCAUCCACCACUACACCUGUGAGCUGCCUGCUCUUUUCCCUCUGUCUUGUUCUGAUAUCUCCAUCACAACCAAUAUCCUGCUCUGCUCCAGUUUACUGCAUGGGCUGGGAACCUUCCUCCCAAUCUUUUUCUCCUACGCCCGUAUUAUCUCCACCAUCCUGCACAUCAGCUCCACCUCAGGCAGAAGCAAGGCCUUCUCCACCUGCUCCUCCCACCUCAUCGCAGUGAUCCUGUUCUUUGGCUCAGGUUUUCUUUGUUAUCUCAUGCCUCCCUCGGGUUCCUCUUUGGAUUUGCUCCUCUCCUUGCAGUACAGUGCAGUCACACCCUUGCUGAAUCCCCUCAUCUACAGCCUAAAGAACAAAGAGGUGAAGGCAGCUGUGAGAAGGACACUGGGGAAAUAUCUCUAAUGUAGUGAACAAAGACACACUUACUAAGCAAAAAUCACAAAGACUGUGUUCCGUUGCAUUCUCCUUUUGUUCCCACCUCUUCCCACACAGUGUCAGAUAAUUUGGAAGAAAGACUCUAGAGCUUGUCUGAACAGAGCUUGCCUGUUCUUCAAAGGCAGUAGUUCUUGAUUUGGGCUCCUCUUUUGGAAAGGCUGCUCUGUUGGUUGGAAGAGAACGCGAAGACAAUUUUCCACAAAACAGAUCAAUAAGACAAAAUAAUUAGGUUGAAAAGAUACGAUGGUCAUUUCAGGAGAUUCGGCAUCUGACUGAGGAGUCGCAGAAAGAAUUGAAAACAAGGGAGGAAUGGGGCACCUGGGUGGCUCAAUCAAAUAAGCAUCCGACUCUUGAUUUAGGCUCAUGUCAUGAUCUCAGGAGUUCGUGAAUUUGAGCCCUGCGUCGGCCUCUACACUGACAGUACAGAGCCUGCUUGGGACUCUCUCUCUCCAUCUCUCUCUUUGCUCCUCCCCCAUUCAUGCUCA